GACGCCAAUUUUCACAAACACGAGAAAUGUCUGCGUCGAAGCGUUUUUGCUUUCAUUGCAAAUCAACUGUGACUGCCGAGCCGGUAAUACCGACAGAGCUAUUUCCUCCGUUUGAUGUAAAGAUGUGAUAAUGAAAAAUAUCGAUUCUAGCUAUUGGUCACUCUACGCCGUCACUGUCAUCUACACACUAAUGUAGUCGGGUGUUCUAUCGGCUCUUGUCUAUUGAGACGGCUCAUUCUCAUCAUUAUAGCCUGUAUCAUUCCUCGUACAUUCAUUACCUUGUUAUUCAAAUGUCUGUGACCACCCCUCUGAUUCCUCUGAAACUACUUGAACUACCCCCUCGUGCUAUUAAUAAAGUUCUAAAUAUUAUAUCGUUCUUCCAGCUGCUUGUUCUUGUCAUUAUCGGAAAAUUCGAUUUGAAUUCAGUCUCACAUCCGAUAGCAGAAGAAUUGUAUAUCGGACUGCAUUUUUACGGACUUUUUGUAAAUUUAAUGUUCAAAUACGGCCCAAAUGUGAAGAUUUGGAUGCAUCCGAAGCGAUCAGUGAAGAUUUCUAUGGACAACCAUGAGGUAGUCUUCGACAAAAGACUUACCGCUGAUCAGUUGUUCAAGAAACUGGCUCCGUUUUUAAGAAAACUUCCAAAAAGCAUCACUAUCACCGAGUCAAGCGAUGAUUGCUUUUAUUUUUUCCGAGAAUUGAUUGGAGUCAGGUUCCAUAGAAUCACACUUCAGACGUCCAACCUCAACUUCAGGAGAAUCGGAAAAUGGCUUAUUUUAAUGAUCAACAACUGCAACGAGCUGGUGCUCACGGUCGAUAAUUUGCCAACCUCGUUUCGAAACCAAGUUUUUUGCAGAAACUUGGAGUUUCUAUUAAUUGGCCCAAGUUUCUCAAUCAAAUACAAUGAUUUUCUUCUGUUCAACACUUCUAGAAUCGAGAUGAACAAUGAAAUGAUGCCGGAAACAGUGAAGUUAUACGUGACUUUGUGGAUCAAGGGUGCUAAUGGACAACUUAGCUCGCUCCGUGUGAAGCUAUACAAUCGGCUGUACAGGAACACUGACCAGUUUUUUUUUGUUUUGCUAGUUGAUUACAUGUUUGCUGGUUUUGAAAAAGAAGGACGACAAGAUUACAGUGUUCAAAACAUUGCCGGAAAGACUGCUCUUGGAUCGCUCGAAGAUUACAAUUUCUAUUUUGAUGUGCUUUGA